CGCGGGUAGUGGUGAAGCGGCGGCUCCGCAUCCCGCAUCGCUGCCGGUGCGCAGGGGGCCGCCCGCAUGGUGGACAUCCUCCUCCCGCGGCCGCUCCCGGGCGCCAUGGGGGAGCCCUCCAAGAGGCGGCCGGGGCUGGCCCUGUGCGCGGGCUGCGGGGGCCGCAUCCAGGACCCCUUCCUGCUGCGGGUGUCGCCGGACCUGGAGUGGCACGUCGCCUGCCUCAAGUGCGCCGAGUGCGGGCAGCCCCUGGACGAGACCUGCACAUGCUUCCUGCGCGACGGCAAGGCCUACUGCAAACGGGAUUAUAGCAGGCUCUUCGGCAUCAAGUGCGCCCAGUGCCGGGCGGCGUUCAGCAGCAGCGACCUGGUGAUGCGCGCCCGCGACCACGUCUACCACCUGGAGUGCUUCCGCUGCGCCGCCUGCGGCCGCCAGCUCCUGCCCGGCGACCAGUUUUGUUUGCGGGAGCGCGACCUGCUCUGCCGCGCCGACCACGGGCCGCCCCCCGACGGCGCCGUCGCCCGCGGACCGCGGAGUCCCGCGCUGCCGCCGGCCGCAGCCGCGCACCUCGCAGAGCCGGUGCCCGGGCGACCGCCCGCCCCGCGGCCGCCGGCGCACAAGGCGGCGGAGAAGACCACCCGCGUGCGGACGGUGCUGAACGAGAAGCAGCUGCACACGCUGCGGACCUGCUACGCCGCCAACCCGCGCCCCGACGCCCUCAUGAAGGAGCAGCUUGUGGAAAUGACGGGGCUCAGUCCCCGCGUCAUCCGCGUCUGGUUCCAGAACAAGCGCUGCAAGGACAAGAAAAAGUCCAUUCUCAUGAAGCAGCUCCAGCAGCAGCAACACAACGACAAGACGAGCCUGCAGGGCCUCACCGGGACGCCGCUGGUGGCCGGCAGCCCCAUCCGCCACGAGAGCGCCGUGCAGGGCAGCGCCGUGGAGGUUCAGACCUACCAGCCGCCCUGGAAGGCGCUCAGCGAGUUCGCCCUGCAGAGCGACCUGGAGCAGCCCGCCGCCUUCCAGCAGCUGGUCUCCUUCUCCGAGUCCGGCUCCUUGGGCACCUCCUCCGGCAGCGACGUGACCUCGCUGUCCUCCCAGCUCCCCGACACCCCCAACAGCAUGGUACCCAGCCCGGCCGAGACGUGAAGCGGCCCGUCCGCCCCGCCGCGGGAUCUCCGCAUGCCUGCGCUCCCUGCAUGAGACACCCGGCCCCGGGCCGCUCCCAGAGCGCCGGACAAACGCCUUUGUUUUUUAAUUAUUCUUAUUUAAAAUCAAACAAAAAAAUAUGUUACUGUCGGCCAAAAAAGCACCGGGAUCCUCGCU